ACGGUCCAGGGGGUAGCAAAAAAAAGGGAACGAACCCACAGCGUCAACAACCGGACUCGAUAGAUCGAUCAGCCUUCUAGAUGCCCUCCGGCGGCGGCGGCGGCGGCGCGGCGUGGCGCCACCUGCUCCUGCUCCUGACAGCCCUUCCCCUCACGCUCGCCGCCCUGGCGUUCGCGCUCCAGUGGCGCGGCGGCGGCGUCGACGACCCAACCUUGCGCUGGCCCUCUCACGCCUUCCCCGGCAUGGCCGAGCCCACGCCACCGUCCCUCCCCUCCUCGGCCUGCGCCGAUGUCCUCGUGGGAGCCUCCGCCCCCUCCUUCCCCUAUCUCCGCGGCUGGUCCUUCUCCUCCGACUCGGACGCAGGCCUCCACCCCAAGAUAUGCGUGCAGACGAGCACCUCCGCAGGGCUGGAGCAGAUCCUGCCCUGGCUCUUCUAUCACAAGGUCAUCGGCGUGGCGCAGUUCCUCCUCUUCGUGGAGGGGAGGGCGGCCAAACCCCAUGUGGCGGGGGUCCUCGAGUCUAUUCCUGGGGUAAAAGUGGUGUACAGAACCAAGGAGCUUGAGGAGCAGCAGGCGCGGAGUCGAAUCUGGAACGAGACCUGGCUUGCAGGUUUUUUCUACAAACCUUGCAACUAUGAACUCUUUGUGAAGCAAUCACUCAACAUGGAGAUGGCUAUUGUAAUGGCACGGGAUGCUGGCAUGGAUUGGAUCAUACAUCUAGACACUGAUGAGUUACUAUAUCCCGGUGGAGCUGCUGAGUAUUCGGUUAGGCGUUUGUUAGCCGAGGUCCCUCAUGAUGCUGACAUGGUUAUUUUUCCAAACUAUGAAAGCAGUGUUGAGCGUGACAAUAUAAAAGAUCCAUUCAGCGAAGUAUCUAUGUUCAAGAAGAAUUAUGAUCAUCUCCCUAAAGAUACUUACUUUGGCAUGUAUAAGGAAGCAACACGAGGAAAUCCUAACUAUUUUCUCACUUACGGUAAUGGAAAAUCUGCUGCACGAAUUCAAGACCAUCUCCGUCCUAAUGGCGCACACAGAUGGCAUAACUAUGCAAAGAGCCCAAAUGAGAUCAAGUUGGAGGAGGCUGCAGUUCUGCACUAUACAUACACCAAAUUUUCAGAUUUGACAUCUAGACGUGAUCGCUGUGGAUGCAAGCCUACAAAAGAAGAUGUUAAAAGAUGUUUUAUGUUGGAUUUUGACAGAGCAGCUUUUAUAAUUGCAUCAACUGCUAGUGAAGAGGAAAUGCUUCGCUGGUACAAUGAACGUGUUGUGUGGAAUGACAAGCAGCUCAAUCUAAAGCUUCUCAGGAAAGGAGUGCUAACUCGCAUAUACACCCCAAUGGCAAUUGUUCAAGGUUUGCGAGAAUCUGGUGUCUUCACUUCUGUCAUUGCAGCUGGCCAACCUGUUGUGAAUGAUAAACUCUCACCGAAGAAAACCAACGCCCAAAGCCAAAAUGCUACUAGGCCUGGAAAUGUGCCAAGAAAGUUGAUCGUAGCUGAUUCUGAGGCAUCUACUAGGAAAAUAUUGCAAGCUGUUGAGCCUAUCGUCUGGGAUGUUGAUAUAGCUGCUAUUCCACCCUUGUCGCCGCCCACUUUAGAUGAUCAUCAUAAGUAUACAUAGUAAAUAUCAUACAAAAAUAAAUUAGUGACAUCAGCAUGGAUGGUCUAACUUUUUUACAAUGUGCAGCAGCUGAAUUUUGCAGGCUCUUUUUGGCGAUCAAAAGAAUAUGCCGAAAACAUUGAUUGAUGUAGUGCUUUUUUGGCCAGACAAUUUUCAACAGUUUUGUACAUGAGCUUUAUAGUUAUUAACAUGGAGUUUACUAGUAA